AUGGCCAACCUACGAAAGACCCAUCCCCUUUUUAAAAUUGCAAACGAUGCACUAGUUGAUCUUCCCACCCCCGUCAAUAUCUCAGCAUGAUGAAAUUUCGGCUCACUAUUAGGCCUAUGCCUUAUCUCCCAAAUCCUAACAGGCCUAUUCCUAGCCAUACACUACACUUCAGAUAUCGCAACAGCCUUUACAUCCGUGACACAUACCUGUCGCGACGUCAACUAUGGAUGACUUAUUCGGAAUAUACAUGCUAAUGGCGCAUCUUUCUUCUUCAUCUGCAUCUACCUUCACAUGGUCCGGGGUCUGUACUACGGCUCCUAUCUCUACAAAGAAACUUGAAACAUUGGAGUCAUCCUCCUCCUAUUAGUCAUAAUAACUGCCUUCGUUGGCUAUGUUCUCCCCUGAGGACAAAUAUCAUUCUGAGGGGCUACCGUCAUCACAAAUCUACUUUCUGCAGUCCCCUAUGUAGGAAACACCCUGGUUCAAUGAAUUUGGGGCGGUUUCUCUGUUGAUAACGCCACCCUCACCCGUUUCUUUGCCUUCCACUUUCUACUUCCAUUCGUCAUUUUAGCUGCAACUAUCAUCCACCUUCUCUUCCUGCAUGAAACCGGCUCAAACAAUCCAACAGGUCUAAACUCUGAUGCAGACAAAAUCUCUUUCCACCCAUACUUCUCAUACAAAGACCUCUUAGGAUUUGCAAUCCUCCUCCUUGCACUCACCUGCCUAGCCCUAUUCUCACCUAACCUCUUGGGAGACCCAGACAACUUUACUCCUGCAAACCCUCUAGUCACCCCUCCUCACAUCAAGCCAGAAUGAUACUUUCUGUUCGCCUACGCUAUCCUCCGCUCAAUUCCCAAUAAACUAGGCGGGGUUCUAGCACUACUAUCCUCAAUUCUUGUCCUAAUAAUCGUCCCCUUCCUCCACACAUCCAAACAACGAAGCCUAACAUUCCGCCCUCUAACACAACUAUUAUUCUGGACCCUAGUUGCAGACGUACUCAUCUUAACUUGGAUUGGAGGUAUACCUGUUGAACACCCCUUCAUCAUCAUUGGGCAAGUUGCAUCACUUCUCUAUUUCUUACUGUUCCUUGUCCUACUCCCCCUAGCAGGAUGACUAGAAAACAAAGCCCUAGGAUGAUCAU